GUCCGACAAGGUGCGGAACGCUGGCAAUAAUUAGCGGAACGCUUGCCAAAUGGUAGAUCGCGCAGGGGCGCUUUCAGCCACGUGCCCGCGCUCUGCUGCUCGCCGUUUCUGGCGACCGUGACUACCCUGGCAUCUAUCACCGACCGCACUGAGGCUCGGGUCACCUUCUUUUUUCCCUACACCGUCGAGCUGGGGCUUGCGUAGGGACAAUGGCAACCGCCAUGUAUGGUGCUCAGCAGGCGAUCGCGACGCCGACUAGUUUCGUCUCAGACGAUGCAUCUGCCAAUGACGAGCAGUAUAUUUCGACCUUCUUCUGCCGCGCCCUGUACGACUAUCAGACAUCAGACGCUUCCUCGCUCUCUUUUCGCAAGGGGGACAUUAUCGAGGUUCUCACACAAUUGGAGUCUGGCUGGUGGGACGGUCUGCUGGGCAACGAGCGCGGCUGGUUCCCCUCUAAUUAUGUGUCAGUCAUCACGGAUCAAGAGGUAGAGGCGGCGCUCGGCCCACCGGAAUUAUCUGCCUCGCAGCCGCCUUUGCUGUCGGAUGAUGCCAUUGUGGACGUGGCGCAAGGCAUGUCGGGAGCGCUGUCGCAGUCUGACGGAGACCGAGGGUGGCUGAACGGAGACAUGGACCUCCCCAGUCACGCACCACACUCGGAAGACUAUACGGACGGAUCGAACGGCCACCUUCCUCAGCACAAUGACUUCUGGGUUCCGCAGGUGUCUCAGGAUGGUCGAAUAUUCUACGUCAACACCCAGACAGGACAGCAAUCUCGAGAUCUACCUCAGGAGACCGACAUAGAGUCGGAUGCUGACUUCGCUGGCUUGACCUCUCGGGUAGGACCUGUAACAGGUUUGGGCCUGACGACAGCGAGUGGGAUGGAACAUGAGCAUGGUACCACCGCAGGGUUCGGGAUCCAGCGAACUUCACGAACACCAGAGCCGUGGGCGCGACGGUUGGCGGAUGACGGCCUUUCGUAUUACUACGUCAACAAGCUCAACGGGCAGGUUUCGUGGACUCCCCCAGAACCUCCUGCAGCACCUGGGCAGACGUCGUCAAGAAACGGCAGCCUACACGGUCGAGAUGCGCCACAACCUGCGAACGGUGUGUCGUCAGAGCCAUCCGUGCCUACACGGCGAGAACGCAGCAACAGCAAUGCUGAUAGGUACAGCAUCAAUUCCGAAGACUCGGACAUCUUCCCGACUCGCCGUGAUCGGUCUGCGUCAUCGGGAGCUGCGCAGAAUCCUGCGAACGGAGCAGUGCACUUGCCGAAUGCAGCCAGGAAUGCAGAUCUCACCCCGCCGGAGCAGCUCGCAAAAGCGCUGCAGCAGGCCCUCUCGCCACCGUCGCCAGAAUCUCCGGUGGACCUGUCGACUCACGUGCGAGAAGCGAUCGCCGCCAUCACGCAGCAAAUCCAAUUGGCGGUUACCCCCCGCAAUCCGGACCAACUCAACGAACUCGACCAGCGCGUGCAGGACGUCGUUUCCACUGUCCGAAACCUCCUCUAUGUUACGGCGACACCGUCGGGCCAUAUACCCAGUCAUCUAUACCCCCGAGAGGCCCGGGAUACCCGGCCGUCGACUGCUGGCCAGUCGAUGCAGAGCCACCUGAAAGCGGCGCAACGCAAGGUUGCGGGUACUCUGUCGAAGCUCGUGUUGUCAGCCCUGGCGAUGCAGUAUGAUCCAACGCUAUCAGCGAGCGACAAGCCGAACAGGAUGGAGUCCGAUGUUGCAGAGCUGGAGCGCGCUGUUGUGGCGUUUGUGACGGAGGUACAUUACUUCCAGGAGCAGAAUGCGUUGCCGCAGGGGCAGAAGUACGGGCUGAAGCGUCUGUACGGGACGUUCUCCACCGCAAACAUUGGGCUCGGGCUACCUGGAGCUGGUGCUGCAGGUAGCUGGCAAGGAUUCGGAUAUGUUCCGCGGAAUGAGACGGCGCAAAGCACACUGCAGCCUUUUGUUCCUGACCAUAUUUCCGAGCUCAAGAUCGCGACGAGGGCACUCGGCGAGAAGCUCUCCGUGGUGACGAGACUACUCAAACGUGACGAUGCCGACACAGCGCGGGUCAAGGACGAAAGUCAGAACGUGGUCGCCCAUCUCACCUCCAUACUCGACUUCAUCGGUAACAUUGACAUCGCCCAGCAUACCGAUCUGGACGGCGUCCGUCUAGAGGCCGGUCAGUCUCGGGUGCAUGCGCAGUACAUGCAAGUGGUAGACAAAGCUCGUUUGAUCGUGCGCACUCUGGAGGCCGCUGUCCAGUCGCUUUAUGACGAUGGCAUCAGUCUUUUGAUCACCAUCCAGAAUUUCGAGUAUGCACAAACGAACAUCCAGGACCGGACGGCACUGCGCGAUCGUAUCGACGCGUUGGUGGCGGCGAUCAUAGCGAACGUCAACUUGACGAUGCAGAGUUUAGAAGCUCUGUUAGCUGUCGGGUUCGACCAAGCUGACAUCGACAAUCGCGACUACCUGAGUUCGAUAGAGUGGAGGAAGUCCCGCCCUGUAGUUGCGGAGGACUCGCAGGAAGUCGUGGAUAUCGAGUUGGCGUUCAACAGUUCCGGUGCGAUGAAGAUGGUGAAUCCGAUGGAUCGAACUCAAUCCUCGUCUACAUUGUGCCAAGAUUCGGCCCAUGCAGCUGGGCCAUCGGGGGGUCCGAUUGGACGGUCGCGGUCGGGAAGCACUGUCGAUCCCGUUACGCCAUCGUGGCCUACUGAGCCAUCAGAAUCUGGCACACUCGUCAUGCCGUCUACGGAAGAUUUGGUGGGGUCAGGCCCACUGGGCGAUUUGGACGAGGAUGAUUCGGCAGUAUCGAGCAAGGCGGCUCCUCGCGCUGAGAAGCUGAAGAAGCUUCUCGGAGACGACGCUCCACAGUAUACUUUGUCUAAACUGGAUGAGAAGUCUAAACCUUGGUAUUUGCGGCCGAAUUACGAUCAGUCAGAGAUCAUCAUGGAGCCGGACGGUACCGUCAGGGCUGGUACAACGUCGGCCCUCGUGGAUCGGCUGACUGCUCAUGAGCAUGGAGAUCCUACCUUCAAUCAGAACUUCCUUCUGACCUUCAAGUCGUUCAUGACGGUGGAUGAGCUGUUCGAGCUGCUGACGCGUCGAUUCUGGAUCCAAGCGCCUCCGAGCCUGUCUCCGGCUGAGUUGGAGGACUGGACCAAAUUGAAGCAGAACAUCAUCAGGAUGCGGGUGCUGAACAUUUUCAAGACGAUGGUCACAGAUGAUGGCAUCCUCGAGAAGGAUGAUAUGUAUAUCCUAUCCCGAAUGAAAGAGUUUGUCUUCAAUGACGAGGUGAUCACCUACGCCGCCGCCAAGCAGCUGCUGAUCCUGAUUGAGAGAGCUCAAAAGGGUGGGAAUGGGCCUAUCAAGAUUACGACUGUACCCGAGGCGCCGCCGCCUCCGCUCAUACCCAGGGGCAACAAGAAGCCGAAGCUUCUUGACAUUGACCCAAUUGAGAUUGCCAGGCAGCUUACGCUGAUGGAGGCGGCAAUGUACAAGAAAAUUCGGCCAAUGGAGUGCUUGCUUCGCUCGCGUGAGCAGAAGUCCGGGAGAAGUGGUGACAAUUUCUCGUCGAUCAUCCAGCUCAGUAAUCGAAUUGCGAAUUGGGUCAUGGAUUCUGUUCUCGAGAGGGAGGAUUCUCGAAAACGAGCUGCGAUCGUGAAACACUUCAUCCUCGUUGCCGACCGUUGCCGUUCACUACAAAACUACUCUACUAUGACUGCUAUUGUCUCGGGCUUGGCGACGCCUCCGAUCCGUCGACUCAAGAGAACAUGGGAACAGGUCAAUGCUCGUAUCAUGUCGCAAUUGAGGAUGUGCGAAUCGACCAUUGAUAGUACGAAGAACUUUAGCAAUUAUCGUUCAACUCUGGCGAGAAUAUCGCCGCCUUGCGUGCCAUUCAUUGGUGUAUAUCUGACAACAUUGACCUUCAUCAAUGAUGGUGCGGAGGAUAGGAUAGAUGGGAACAUGAUCAACUUCCGAAAGCGACAAAAAGCUGCUGAGGUUAUCCAGGACAUCAAGCGGUGGCAGUCGAAGCCAUACAAUUACCAGACUGUUGGCUCUGUUCUCUCUUACCUGGAGGAGUCAUUCGUCAAGUACGCCGAUGGCUUUGACUAUGCUGAUCAAUUCUGGAAUCUUAGUCUGGAGAGGGAGCCUCGGGAACGAGAAGACGAGAAGAUGGCAAGACUGCUGCAGGAAAGCGGGUUCCUUUAGUCUGGAUGGGCGUCGCUGAUUUAUUUUUCGGUAUUUUUUGCACUGCUGUAUAAUCUUAUCUGCUGGUACUUGACUUAUUCUCCGUGUAUAUCACUACUGAUACCUUACUCGGAUUCAUGGAUGUUCUCCCGCUUCAGGCUCGCGGCUCAGGAUAGCGCUGCAUUUGGGAAUUAGGCUCUGAGCCACCUUUGGCUCGCGCCGUUCGUCUCUGGUUGACCCUAGUCAUUUGCACAGAUGAGAAUUGUAGAAUUUUACACGUAUCCUCAACAUGCCACCGAUUAGCUUGCGUCUUUUCGUUUGUGAAUUCACCCAUCGUUUGUCCUUCCAGCCCAUACAUGGUCACUCCCAU